GUUGCUACACGUGUUGUUACAUCAUCAGCAGUAACACCAAUCGUUGCAGUGCCAACAGUGACUGCCAAGAGACCUGUUUCAACAGCAAGCCUUACAGACAUCACGUACGAUGAUAUAAACGCGUUGAAGUUCUUCAUGGCGGUGCGGAGAGGCAGUCCCGUCGCCAAAGUAUUCGCUGCUGUAUUUGAGGCUUUGUCGGGUCGCGGGUCAACCACACUCAACGAAUAUUGUUCUAAUUAUUUAGGUUCUGAUUAUUUAAAGUGUUUCAGUAAGAAGGAGAGAGAAAAGCUGGUCCCCAACACUCUGCAAGAUUACGACAUUACGAUGUUAUACAAACUCCUACAGAAAUGCUGCGGUUUGAGUACUGACACCAACUUCUGGGUACAUCCCGGGAACUCGAUUGAAAACAUGUUGUAUCGUCUGAAAGAACAACGUAAUUUCUUCGGCCACGAAGCAGUAAAAUUGUUGAAAACUGAACUAGAUUCAAGACUGACAGAAAUACGAGAAAUUUCGGAUGAUGUGUGCAAUAAAGCGGGAGUUGAUCCAGUCACUAAGAACGAGCUCCUUGCUGAGUUAGACAACAUCAGCGUCUCAACGAGUUUGCAAGCGGAAUUUACAGACCGUAACGCUCAGAUGAAAGCAUUUAGAGAAGACAUUCAAGACAGUAUUCUGGUGAAUGCCGUCGCAGAGUUGAAAGAGAGGUACAGCAAAAUGCGAGUUCUUUCGCCCAUUACAUGGUUUGUCAGUGACAAGUUGAAAAGCAUCACCAUCGACAAGGUAUUCACCAAACUCACUAUGAGUCGGAACAACACCAGUGUUGACAUUGGAAAAGUUCUCGUAGUCAAAGACGAGCAUGGAUCCGACUACUCCACAGUUGUCAUCACCGGCAUUGCAGGCUCUGGUAAAACAUCGCUGUGCAGGUUCCUCAUUUACAGCUGGUCAGGACAAACCGGCGAAGUAGAGGAGCUGGAUGAGUGGAACCUGUUGAUGUUCAUUCAGUGUCGGUAUGUCAAGUCCAAUGGUUUUGCUGCUUUCAUUAAGGAAGAUUUGCUCAAAAAAUCAUUUUAUUUGAUCCCGGAGACUGAAGUAAUUGAGAUGCUGCAGAAGUUCAAACCAUUAUUCGUCAUCGAUGGUUACGAUGAAGCAGACUACGAAGUACAAAACUUAGUCCUUGAAAUUCACUAUAAAUUCCCCUCGGCUAAGAUACUCAUCACCUCCAGACCUCAUGUUUAUGCUAAUCUGGCAGCCAAGCUUGUGCACAAUCAUGCUUGCCCACACCUGAUCAGUCUCAAAAUUAUGGGCUUUGAAACUAGUUGUAUUCGUGAAUACUCUCACAAGCUUUUCUCUGUGUUAAAUAGUGCCUCCAUGGGAGACGCCUUCCUCGAUUACAUAUUGCAACGGAACAAGCUGCAAUCUAUCAUAAACCUACCGCUGACUCUGGCUUUGCUUAUUUUACUGUGGAUUGACGAUCGUUCCCAGAUUGACGAAGUAUCUUCUGAGAGCCAGAUUCACCUCAAGAUCAUCGAGAUGAUGAAGCGUCGACUUUUGACGCGACUCGGUGAUAUGUCUUCAGCUGUCAGUACACGCCACAAUGAAUUAGAAGCUAACAUUGAUUUCUGGUUGCACUUAUUAGGAAAAGUAGCUCUGGAAGGCAUUGCAAAGAAUACGUUAUUUUUGGACGAACGCAACAUGAAUUUCCUGAAAAUCAAGUGCAAGAAACUCUCACUCAAGUUCGACGUCGAGGACGCUAUGUCCUCCAUCCUGCAGUGCGACACAAGCAUCACCCUCUCCAGCUGCGAGAAGAUUUAG